UUUACGUAAGAUUGUAUGUACCUAACUCAUAAUAUAUGCCGUGUAAAUAUUUCACUUAUAAACUCGUGUUUGUAUUACUUAUCUCAAAAAUGUUAGAUUUUAUUAUGUCGUAUAAUGAUCCGGCAUGCACGCAUUGGGUUCCAACAAUAAUUAUAUGCAUAAGCGAAUUUAUUAAAAAUUUGAAAAAUAUUAAGUACAAAGGAUACUAUAAAAGUUUUGAAAUAUGACUUAACAAACGAACGCAGGAGGAUGCAUGUUGAGACAUGUCCAUGAGUGCAUAUUUUACGGUAUAACUUUACGCGUGGUUUAAGCAUAGAUCAGUGCUUAGAAGAAAUGACGCUUGCAUUAAAGAAUGAUUAUCUUCAUCGUACGACUAUAUUCAGAUGGUACAGAGAAUUCCAAAGGGGCAAUUUCACCCUGGAGGACGCUAAGAGGGAAGGAAGGUCGCGAACGUCAGUAACAGAGGAAAACAUUAC